CUCUGCAAUUACAUUGCCAGUACCUUUGUGUAAACCAACAAGUUAUUGUAGAGUUAAACCGUUUUUUAAAAAAAAUCUUAUUAAGUAACAGUGCUGUUCUUUAUCGAUCAUCUCGCCAAUUUUCUUUUUGUCAUUGUCUCUCCAGUGGUUUUUUUUCCGAGUCCCUCCGAAAAUAAUUGUUCUUAACAGCGUUAAAAAUGUCAGACUAUAAAACAUAUAGACUGAGGAAGCAUCAAAAUAACAGACCGUGUUUUUAAAGUGGAUAGCAAACGGACCCAAGAAAAUCCAGCGGAGCCACUUGCACAGAGUUAAAGACGCUGCUUUAAUUUGUUCUCUGAAGUUUGUUGUUGUUGUUGUUGCUGCUGAUGAGAUCACACAUGCGCGAGGAUGCGACGCAGACCUCAGCUUUUUAGAACUAAGAAUGAAGCAUUCCAGAAAAAUAGAGUACACAGAAGUACAUCUGUAAAUAACUAAUCGGAAACCUAGAAGCAUUUUAAUUGAAGUAAACGAUAAAGCACCAGUAAGGACUUCAGGGGCUAGGCGGCCUUUACAAACACAGACUGGGUGGAUGUCGAGCACACUGAUCGAGCCCUGCCAGCUAGACAGGACAGGCAGCUUCUUCAAGCUGAUCAAUACCUUUGCCUCGGAGAUUGGAGAGCUGCAGCAGGAGAUGGUGCAGACAGGGCCCCCUGAAAAUGCCGACAUGCAGAGCAGCAGCAGCGUAAAACAUGUCAGCAGCCUGUACCAGCAGGAGAAGGACACUGUGAACAGUGCCCGAGACUCAGGCUACGACUCUCUGAAGAGGAAACUCAGCAUCCUGGAUCGGCUCAUCCAGGCCCAUCCAGUGUGGUUGCUGCUCACUUUGAGUGACGACGAGGCACACCGAAUCCUGCAGCAACAGCAGCCUGGGAUCUUCCUGGUGAGGAAAUCAGCUAAUCUGCAAAAGAAGGUUAUAUCCCUGUGCCUUGGCACGGAAUUCGGACCCUCCAUCAGAGACUUCCCAAUAAAGGAGAGUCAGUGCACCUUUUCUCUGGAAGGAUCUGGUAUCAGUUUUGCGGAUUUGUUUAGACUCAUUGCUUUCUACUGCAUCAGCAGGGACGUCCUACCCUUCACCUUGAGGUUACCAGAGGCGAUCGCAGCAGCGAUGACACAGGCAGACCUCGAAGAGAUUGCUCAGCUGGGAGUUGAAUUCUGGGACUCUCCUCUUUACAACAAACAGCAGAGACCCCCCGUUCGUCCUGCUCAUCCCCUGCCUUCAGACAGUGUUUGCAGGCUACAGAGGCAGCAGCAGGUCCCCCCUACCAAGGGCUUGCAUUCCCUGUGGACACGUGCGCCUUCGGAGCUGGACUGCAGCCAGACCAAAGGGGCUUUGUGCUUCGUUAACCCCCUGUUCCUAGAAGUGCACCAUCAGGACGCAGGCAACAGCAGUGGCAGCUCGCUUAAACGACUCAAGAACCGAGACCCCAUUUCCCCGGAUUGGUUCCGCUCGAGACCACCGAGACCCACGCCACCUAGGAAAGCCCACCCCCUCAGUAAAGACAGCAAGCAAGUUAGCAUGCCAGAAACCGUCAGCUGGAUCAAGCAGCAACAAAUAGAGGUGGACAACUUGGGUGUUGGUCCCAUCAAAAAUGCCACCCCAAUCCCUCCACCCCGUCUUAAGAAAUACAUGAGCUUCUCGGAGGUCGAGGGCAACAAAAAAUCUGAAAUGGGAGACUCUGAUAUCUCAUCUGAAAAACUCUGGGCUGUGGUAGCCAGGAACCUUGGCAGAGGUCCUGGUGUGGAGCCAGUUCUGACAAGCAGCCACAAUGCGAGCGUGAACUGUCUGGCCCCCUGCUUACAGGAGAGACUGAGCGACAUGAGCCUUUCAACGUCCUCCUCAGACUCGCUGGAUUAUGACAACAGCUACGAUUACAGGGCCGAUAGUGACCCGGAGAGCAUGGCCCCGCCACUGAAGCCCAAGGAAAAGCACAGAAGCUCCUUCUUCAUGCCCCGCAUCGUAAAGACCCAGUUCCAGAAAGUCAGCGAGGUGUUUAACUCCUUCAUGACCCCCGAGAAGAGGAUGGUGAAGAAGAUAACCGAGAUCUCGCAGGACAAGCGCACCUACUUCGGCUGCCUGGUGCAGGAUUACAUCAGCUUUCUGCAGGAGAACAAGGGCUGCCACAUCUCUGGAGCAGAUAUGCUGCAGACCAUCCGCCAGUUCAUGACGCAGGUGAAGAACUACCUGGCACAGAGCUCGGAGCUUGACCCACCCAUUGAGUCACUCAUCCCAGAAGAAAAAAUCGACGUGGUCCUGGAGAAGGCCAUGCAUAAGUGCAUCCUGAAGCCCCUGAAGAGCCACAUCGAAGCCAGCUUGAAGGACUUCCAAAAAGCCAGUGGCUCCUGGAAGCAACUGGAGGAGAACCUGGAGCUGGCCAAGCAGAAAAAGCCCCAGGAGCUUGGGGUGGAUGCGAGUGCUCCGGACUCAAGCACCAUCGAGAAGAUCCGCCAGAAGUUUGUCACCAUGCAGAAGAUGUACUCACCUGAGAAGAAGGUGACCCUGCUGCUGGGGGUCUGUAAGCUCAUCUACACAGUCAUGGAGAACAACUCAGGGAGGAUGUAUGGAGCUGACGACUUCCUUCCCAUGUUGACCUAUGUGCUGGCUCAGUGUGACAUGCCUGAGCUAGACACUGAGAUUGAGUACAUGAUGGAGCUCCUGGACCCCUCACUGCUGCAUGGGGAAGGUGGAUAUUACCUGACCAGUGCCUUUGGAGCCAUGUCACUGAUCAAAAACUUCCAGGAGGAGCAGGCAGCCAGGCUGCUGAGCUCUGAGACCAGGAACACCCUGCACCAGUGGCACCGCAGGAGGACCACCAACCGGAGCAUCCCUACUGUGGACGACUUCCAGAACUACUUGCGGGUGGCCUACCAAGAAGUAAACAACGGCUGUACAGCCAAGACCCUGGUGGUGAAACCGUAUAUGACCACCGAGGAGCUGUGCGAGCUGUGUGCUGACAAGUUCGAAGUUCAGGAACCCAGUACCUACGCCCUUUUCCUUGUCAUGGAGGAGACCAGCCAGCAGCUAGCUCCGGACACAUACCCUCAGAAAAUCAAAGCCGAGAUACACAGCAGACCCCAACCACUCCCCUUCCAUUUUGUCUACAGACGUCCCACAGACCUUAAAAUAUGCAUCCCCCCUGAUAAAGAGAACUUCAACACUUUCCGCUAACAAGGAGCCAAACUGUUCAAGCACAGCCAGCAUUGCACAAGCUACAUCUUUUGUUCCGUAACACAAAAUAAUUCUCAAUUUUCUGCAGGCAGAGGAAUUGGGGUGGUGUAUUGGCAAGCCAGAGAAUAUCUUUGGGCUGUUUUUUUUUUUUUUUUGUAAUUCUUUUUAAUUUAGGAACUGAUUUUUUGCACUUGGUGGCACCCAGAGAGCGUUUCUUUAAAAUGGAUAAUUCUGGUUCUAGGAUGAGAAAGCCUGGGCUGCUACAGAGUGUCAGGAUCACAAACUAGACCUUAGAACGUGGCUGUAGAAGGUGUUAAGAGAUGUGCCUUAAUUUUGCUUCUUGCCUAAAUGUUUGUGUGACUUGCUGGCGGGAUACAGACAUUGGAUUGAGUGAAGCAUUCUGUAUCAGGACACCAAAGCAUUGCUUUAUUUUCUGUUUCUAGAACAAGAACCCUCGACAUUAGGUUUAGUUGUACUGUUCUGAUGUGGUGGGAAACAGGAUUGUGUAUCUUAAGAGAAGAACAAUAAUAGCACUGUUCAAGCUCCAUGAAAUAUUAUGCCUUAUACUGCUACUAUCUGAUAUAUCCUAUUUGCUUGUAGCCCACAUUUUCCACAAGUGGAAGAAAUUCCUGAUGCAGUGUGUCAGGCCAUUUGCAUUUCUGGAUGGGUUCCAUUCUUCAAGACUGUAAAUACGAUGACAUUUUUAAAUUUUUUUUAUAGGAAAUACCAAGUUUUUAUUAUUGUAAAGUUUUUAGAAAUGAUUGCAGUUGCUGGUAAACUGCCUUGGUUAUAGACUUUUAAUGUUAAAAGUUAUUUUUAAAUAUUAAGUAUUGAAUAAUAAUUUGCAUGUAACUUGUAACAUUUCUCAAAUCUGUAACCCCUUAAAGACCAGGCACAAAAUGCAGAUUAAUGUUUACUACAGAUCAUGGUUUUUAUUAUUCGUCUCUCACAAACAGUAUUUUGAAAAAUCUAAUACAGUGAAUAUUGUAACAAAAGUAGCAUAAGGAAAUCCACAUAAGUGUGCUCUGCAGAGCAUGUGAAGCACCCCCCCAGUCUAAAGCAUAUACAAGUCAACCAGUAAUCACGUACUGUAGUUAUACCAUGAGUGUAGACUUAAUCAAACUAAAAUCUGGUUUUUAUAGGGUUAAGCAGAAAUCUCUUGCUGGUCUUAGAGCAUACAUAUGUAGUAUUGUACACCUCAGUGCAUUGGGAUUGAGAGUUUCCAGGUACAGGGUUCUUGAAGGAACUGUAUCUUCACUGUGCAGAACCUAUAUAUCCUCUUGUAUAAGACACUGGCCUCUUAGAUGUUCCUGGAAUUGUACCAGUUCUUGCUGGUCACCAGGUGAUUAUCAGCAGGGUCCAUAAUCCAUUGUUUUAAACACUUGAUCGCAAAUGCUAAAGUAUCAGAGAUGAAGGUAUUAGCUCCUUGUGGUUUUGCCUCAGCAUUUGAACACUGUGGCAGUAACAGUGAGUAGCCAUAGUUCUGUGGGCCUAAUUACUAUCAUUAAAGCAGUACUAUAUUACAAACUGUCUUUCAACCCAACUCUGACAAAAUAGCUUAUUUGCAAAUUCGUUCUGCAUCUGUGGAAGUUCAACUUGGAAGGACAAGUUUUUUGGCUUUGAUGGUGGAUAACACCUUGACCACGACCCAAAAAGCCCACUUUCUUUUGUCACCAUUUUAAAUCUGUUCUUCCUUAUACUCAAAAAGGUGCAUUGUAAUUAAACUGAGAAGGCAAUGUCUUAGGAAGGGAUUUUCAGUGAAAACAAUGUUGUGUUAUUCCAAAUCUUGUAAGUAAUAAAGCUAAAUUAAAUUA